CAGGAUGUAACACGCCAAAAAACGGAAGACGACGACGACGUACCGGAAGCAAAUAGCGGACUCCAGAUACAGACAGCUCUGCUCAAAACAUUUGGAUAAAAGAGCUCGCCAGAAGAAACAGCAGCUGUUGAAUGGAAGUGGCGAGGGCCCGAGGGAUGGGUCCAGAGAGAAUCUUACCGAACUCCGAGGAUGAUGUGCUGCAGGACCGGCCUUUAGACGCCGCGGCGCCGGAGGAGUGGAGCGGAGAGGACCUGGAGGAGGACGAGGAGGACGCUGGAUAUUAUUAUCAGCCUCUCGAGCAACACCCAGAGCCCGCGGAUGAAGGAACCACCGCAGAGCAGCUUCAGGAGGUCCAGGACAGAAUAGAGGCCCUGGGUCUGUUCCUGCCCCAGCCUCCUCCUCCUGACAGCGAUGAAGAGGAGGAUCCUGAAGGAGCCGCUGCUUGUAGAAGUCAUGCGUCCAUUCCCAUGGAUGCAGAUCACGUUGAGCUGGUGAAAACGACCAUGGCGGCUGUAAAUUUGCCGACACUAGGAAUUCCUGCCUGGGCCCAGGAAAUCUCUGACGACCAGUGGAAGGACAUGGUCCAGCAGACGCUUCAGUCCAAACAAAGCUCUGCAGGCCUGAGACUAGAACGCAAGUGAAACCUUUUCAAGAGCCCCGUCUUACACUGCAGAAACAGAGAUUCUGACAUUCGCUCAUCUCAAACAAAUCAGAAGGCACAAACUGUGGACUUGAAAUUCUUGAAUCUAAUAGUUUGCCUUUUAAUUGCUUUGAACUGAUACACAGCAAGUGUCCAGUUGAUGCAGCUACGCAGUAGACAAAACCUGUCCUGAAAACACCCCAAAUGUUUUUUAACCCAGUUGUAUUAAUUAUGCAGUGUGUUCUUGUGCUUGUUUGUUUGUAAAGUGGAGAAUUUUGCAAGACUUAGAGGUUGCUUUUGUAACAUGUAAUGAUGGUGCAUCUCAGUAAUAAUCACAUCUAAAUCAAUCUGACUGUUGAUAUCUGUGCAAUGAGUGACUGAUCCUUUAUGUAUCUCACACGGCUUGAGCAACACAAAUGGCCGUCACAUCUUUUGUGUUUCUUUAUUUUUGUUCUGUACAUACAUGAACAUCUGUACAAAAUAUGACUUUCAUACUAUGUAAUGCUCAACCUAAUUAAAGUACAACAUAUGUACAUAUGACCUGGAAAGCAGCUUAAGAUUAGUGUCAGACUUGAGGAGGGCUGGGAGAGCAGGAGGGAAAGGGAAGGGUGAGUGUGGAGAGACCCAUACUUUCUUUAUUUCCCUCGGUUUCUUGUUGCUGCCACACAAGCUGAACACUGGCCCCAUCCGCCUGUCGAGCUGCAUUGAGAAAGGAAGCAUGCUGCGUUCAAGAGUGAUGUUGCCUCUGAUUGUUUCUGGAAUGUUUUGGUCUAUGUAGAGGCAGCUAUGUUGGCAAAUCAUGCUCUUGAUUGCACGGACAAGUCAUUCCCGUAUGCUGAUAGGCCGAGGUGACAUUACAACACUUCAAACAGCUAAUGAUUUAAAGACUUCACCUCUGCACUGCAUACUAAUAGGCUGUUAUAGCACAAGUCGAAACGUAUGCACGUGUUUGAAGCAAUGGAAGAAGUGUAGCAGCUUGAAUGCACAGCAAGUGGACGUCAAGGCGAAUUACAGCGGGACCUUUGAGCUGCGCAUCGGAUAGAAAUAACAUGUUGGGUUGUCCAGCAGCCUGUAGGAGGGGUAAAUGUUCCCUCACUAUUGGAAUGAUCAAAGUCACUUCACGAGACAGACCUUUACAGCAGAGAGGGGACAUCAUGCAUCCGAAUGGAGUCAUACAAGCAAACAGAAUGAAAGAAAAGAUGAACUUGGAGCAUAAAAAAGGAAUACUGACGGGCAUGGGGUGGGCAAGGGCACAAUCAUAAGCAAUUUACAUGACAAUAUACAGUACACAAGUAUUUGCAACAGCAAUUGCAGGCUGUCAGUUUUCCAUAUAUUAAGCCUGGACAAGCGAGUAUCUUUUCUCUUUAAGUAUAUAGUCCUAUUAGGAGGAUUGUAUAGCGCUUGAUCGUACACUAGACCAGUCCAUGUUUUCCAUACUGUUCUAAUUCCUGAAAAAAAAUAUUGCUUAGGCGCUUUAAAGUGUAAAAAAAAAAACGCAACAACAAAAGACGUACAAUCUUGGACAGGACGGUAAUUCCUGAUCUUGUUUCCUUUUCAAAGGCUCAAAGGGAGUUUUUUGUUCUUUUCUAGUUUUUAUACGUCACAGAAACCAAUGGAGCAAAAACAAGACACC